AAAACGCAAACCAAGCAACUGUCGUGCCAGACUUCCGCUGCGCAGAACAAUUCACAUUUGACAUUUCAUAAGCCGAUCGUCUGCUAAGAGUCGUUGAAAACACCUGAACCUUAUACAUCUGCCGAGGAGCGCCGUAGAAACAUCUAGUGACGAAGGGGACAAAAUGUGGUCCGAACCGUCUGAUGAUGAGGGAUUUGAUGAGCAGUUGGCUGAUUUUGACAUCCCCAUUGAUGACGACACUGUCUCUUAUAUGCCGAGGAGCGCUGUAGAAUCAACCAGUGAUGAUCAAACAUUGUCUGAUAUGUCUGAAGAUGAGGGAUUUGUUGAGCAGUUAGCUGAUUUUGACUUCCCCAUUUAUGACGACUCUGAAACGAAAUCUGUACCGAAAGGGGAAUCUGAAACUGAAGGGGAACCGGAACCGGAAUCUGAAACUGAAGGGGAACCGGAACCGGAAUCUGAAACUGAAGGGGAACCGGAACCGGAAUCUGAAACUGAAGGGGAACCGGAACCGGAAUCUGAAACUGAAGGGGAACCGGAAUCUGAAACUGAAGGGGAACCGGAAUCUGAAACUGAAGGGGAACCGGAAUCUGAAACUGAAGGGGAACCGGAAUCUGAAACUGAAGGGGAACCGGAAUCUGAAACUGAAGGGGAACCGGAAUCUGAAACUGAAGGGGAACCGGAACCGGAACCUGAAACUGAAGGGGAACCGGAAUCUGAAACUGAAACUGAAGGGGAACCGGAACCGGAAUCUGAAACUGAAGGGGAACCGGAACCGGAAUCUGAAACUGAAGGGGAACCGGAACCGGAAUCUGAAACUGAAGGGGAACCAGAAGGGGCUUUGUGGCAAAAUCUGCAGGGCAGCGAAGUAACGCAAGAGCAAUUCAGAAAUUCAUCUGAAAGAGGCUGGGCUGCAAUGUCUCCAAAGCUGAGGUGUGGUGAUGAUUUAAUGAAUUUGCAACUCUUUGGUUCAGCUGUGGACCAAGUUGAGCUUUGUCGGGGUAAUUCUGCGCCUGUUCCUCUUGGCCAUUUGCCACCUGAUUGUGGACGCACUUCACCCACUCCUGGAGGUCUUGUUUAUGCUACACCCUAUGAUGGAUGUGGUGUUGAACAACAGGGAGGAAAUUAUUUCAUGCGGAUGCUUUUGCAGGGUUACCCUGUUGUCAUCUCUUGUCCCAUGACCUAGUCCUUUGCAAAUGUGACCACGUCUGCAUUUCAACCCUCAUUUCUUUUCAACUCUUACUCCUGGAAGCCAAGUACAAUCACCUAUGAUACACCAGCUGCCCCCAUCAUUUCCUUCAACAGUCCUGCAAGCAACGCCUCCGGGAUACCCUCCAUACCACAUAUAACCACCAUUAUUUUAAACCAUCCCAAUUUCCCCCGGCAGCAGAUGUAACCAGCCUCUACAACACUAACCCAAAAGCCACAUGGUGC